UUCUUAAUACAAACCUUGAUUUCCGUGCCAACUUUAUAUCCUUCAUUUUAUUUUCUUUUUUCAUCUUCAUCAUUCUGAAUUUUCUCUCAGUUGAAGAGUCCACAGAAUUCUUUUUUUUUUUUAUCCAUGAAAGUUCCACCAACUAAAACUCAAGAAGAAAUGUAUAAAGAGGCGAAAAGUUCCUAUUUUGAUCUACCAGCUUUGGAUGUUUCUGUUGCAUUUCCUCAAGCAACACCAGCGUCCGUCUUUCCUAAUUGCACUUCGGACUAUUAUCAGCUUGAUGAUCUCUUGACUUCUGAAGAGAAAGCCGUCAGACUGAAAGUGAGAGAGUGCAUGGAAAAAGAAAUUGCUCCUAUAAUGACAAAGUACUGGGAAAAAGCAGAGUUUCCGUUUGAAGUUAUUCCGAAACUUGGUGCUUUGAACAUAUCUGGUGGCACUAUAAAGGGGUAUGGUUGUCCAGGUUUAUCAGUAACUGGAAGUGCCAUUGCUCUAGCAGAAAUUGCCAGAGUAGAUGCAAGCUGCUGUACAUUCAUUUUGGUGCAUUCAUCUUUGGCAAUGCUCACUAUUGGACUAUUGGGAUCAGAAAUGCAAAGGCAAAAAUACUUACCAUCUCUGGCUGAUCUUAGCAGUAUAUCUUGUUGGGGUCUAACUGAGCCAGACUAUGGAAGCGAUGCAAGUGCUUUGAGGACCACUGCCACAAAGGUUGAAGGAGGUUGGAUCCUUGAAGGGCAAAAACGGUGGAUAGGAAACAGCACUUUUGCAGAUGUGUUGGUUAUAUUUGCCAGAAACGCAGCCACAAACCAAAUAAAUGGUUUCAUUGUACAGAAGGAUGCUCCAGGCUUGCAAUGUACUAAAAUAGAAAACAAAAUUGGGUUGCGGAUGGUUCAGAAUGGAGAUAUCCUCUUUAAGAAAGUGUUUGUUCCUGAUGAGGAUAGACUACCAGGUGUCAAUUCUUUCAACGAUACAAGUAAGGUGCUUGCUGUAUCACGUGUCAUGGUUGCAUGGCUGCCUAUAGGCAUUGCAAUGGGUGUAUAUGAUAUGUGUCACAGGUAUUUAAAAGAGAGGAAACAGUUCGGAGCUCCAUUGGCUGCUUUCCAGUUAAAUCAACAGAAGCUUGUUCAGAUGUUGAGCAACAUUCAGGCUAUGCUUCUUGUUGGAUGGCGUCUUUGCAAGUUGUAUGAGAGUGGUAAAAUGACUCCCGGUCAGGCUAGCUUGGGGAAGUCAUGGAAUACCUUGAGGGCUAGAGAGACCGUUUCUCUUGGACGGGAAUUACUUGGUGGUAACGGUAUCUUGACCGACUUCUUAGUGGCAAAGGCAUUCUGUGACUUGGAGCCCAUCUAUACGUUCGAGGGUACCUAUGAUAUCAACACUCUAGUAACAGGUAGAGAAAUUACAGGUCUUCCUAGCUUCAAGCCAGCACCAUUGAGGCCACAGAGUCGUCUGUAAAAUGCUUCAACCAUCUUCCUAUUCUCUGGAAAUUGUUCUGCUGAAUUCAGUGCACAUUAGAAUACUUGUGCAAAAAAAAUUGAACAAACUUGAGGAUGUUUAAUCUCUUCUAAUUUCCAGGAUCAUUAUCAUAAAUAAGUCUGAGAAUAAAGUUAACAUUGUUAUAUGUGAACAUGUUCAUUAUUGCGUAUUGAUUUGGCUAUGCAAGCCAGUAUCUGCAGUUA